CCAGGGAAAAAAUAUAGGAGUUCAAUUAUAACUUAAAAGCAGAGAAAGAAAAGAUGCAAAGAAUUGUCCAGGCAGUAAGAUCUUGCCAAGAAGUAGUGAAAGCCGCAAAGUUGCAGCAUUCGCAUGGAAGAGAAACAACCAAGAGCGGAAAGAUAUUUUCUCGUUUUGGAUGGAUGACCCCGUCUUCGUCCGUGCAAGAGAAAGGACUAGAGAAUGUCACAGUGGCGGAGAUACUAAUGGCAAAGGGAGGAGAAAGCACUGGGCCUUGGCUCUGGUGCAAUUCCAACGACGCAGUUAGUGAUGCUGCAAAAAACAUGGCUAAAAACAACAUCGGAUCAUUAGUGGUACUAAAGCCAGGACAACCACUCCAUGUUGCUGGAAUUAUCACAGAAAGAGACUACCUGAGAAAAAUAGUCUUAGCAGGAAGAUCUCCUGUUCUAACUAGAGUGUCAGAAAUAAUGACCGACGAGAAGAACUUAAUAACAGUAUCAUCUGACACAAACAUUCUUCAAGCAAUGCAGUUAAUGACAGAAAAUCAGAUUAGGCAUGUUCCGGUUGUAGAUGGGAAGCUGGUAGGCAUGAUUUCAAUCAAGGAUGUUGUCCGAGCAGCGGUGGAGCAGCAAAGUGGGGAGUUGAAGCGACUAAAUGAUUUUCUUAGAGGCGAAUACUAUUAGAUUCUUGUGGACUUUUUUAAAUGUUUUAUUUGAACUUUGGAAUUUCAGAUUAGUUUAGUUCAAUUAAACUGUGGAUUAUGUGGAUAUGUGUGUUACAACACAGA